AUGUCGUCGGCCCCGGCCCCGGUACCGGUGGACGCCGAUGAGAAGCACGGGUCCGCCCCAGGCAUUCGCUCAGAUAACCCCUCCGAGACAACUCUAACUCCCGUUUCGAACCCCGACGACCCCGAAACUCAAAGGUCCACCCCGGCAGCCACUGCAUCCAACCCCGGCCCCAUCCCGGACGGGGGUCUCGAGGCAUGGCUCCAAGUCCUCGGCUCCUGGGUCGUCCUCGCUGACACCUGGGGCCUCGUCAACACUUUCGGAGUGUACCAGACCUACUACGAACAGACCCUUGACGCCACGCCUUCGGCCAUCUCCUGGAUUGGAUCGCUCCAGGGCGCUCUGCUCAUGAUGGUCGGCUUUGUCAGUGGCCCCCUAUAUGACAGCGGCUACUUCAGAGAGCUGCUGUUGACAGGUCUCUUCCUCAUCAUAUUGGGCCAGUUUAUGACCUCCCUCUGCACAACGUACUGGCAGGUCUUUCUAGCCCAGGGCGUUUGCAUAGGCCUAGGCUGCGGGCUGACAUUUUUGCCGUCCACCGCCAUCCUAAGUCAGUAUUUCCAGAAACGCCGUGCCUUCGUCAUUGGCAUUGCGUCCACAGGGUCUCCUAUAGUUGGCAUGGUGUUCCCCAUCAUCUUCGGCCAACUGGAACCCAAGAUCGGCUUUGGCUGGGCUACACGCAUCAUGGGCUUCAUCCUCCUUGGCCUGUCCAUCAUCCCCGCCGUUUGGAUGCACACAAGACUUCCGCCAUCGGGGCACAAACGCUCCCUCAUUGACAGGACCGCCCUCAGCGACCCCGCCUUCAUGCUUGUCAUGCUUGGGUCGUUCUUUGGGUUCUUGUCAAUGUAUAUUGCCUUUUUCUACAUCCAGCUCUUUGCCGUCAGCCAUAAUAUUGGCGGGACGUCGUUUUCGUCCUACUUUGUUACACUACUGAGCGCCGGGAGCAUUCCGGGUCGUGUGGUACCCAAUUACCUUGCCGACAAAGUCGGCGCGCUGUACAUACAAACAUUUCUCACCGCGGGUGCGGCCGUGAUGAUGUUCGCAUGGCUGGGCAUUCGGAAUAUGGCGGGGCUCGUAGUCUUCGCCAUCAUAUACGGCCUCUUCUCCGGUGGCAUGGUGAGCAUUGCACCUAGUGUUAUUGUAAGCUUGUCGCCUGAUCUGGGCCGUGUGGGUACCCGCAUGGGCAUGAUGUUCUUCACCUCGAGCAUCUCCAUUCUCAUUGGCACGCCCAUCGCCGGUGCAAUCUUGGGAGAUUACAGUGAAGUUGAGUGGCAUGCCAUGAUUGGGUACGGAGCUGCGGCGUUGACGGUGGGUUCGAUUUGUUAUACUUUGGCAAAAAUCUUCCAGUUGAAGAGAGCUCGAGCUACCAAGAUGUAG